CGUGAUUGGACCAUGUACUAAUCAAUAGCAUCCACGUAGAAUCAUUGGCUCGUCACUUUUCUUGUCCUUCGAGUUCCAAAAGACUUCACAAGCAGGAAAAUUCUUGCGUUCUUUUUCUUUUGAUUCUUAUGCUGGUACAAGUACAAUUCCUCAAACCCAUCACCAACAUCAAUCUACCAUAUAAUAAUAGAAAAUUUCCUCAAACUCCCAACUGUCUUAACAGAAAAAAAUAGCAAAAUUUUAUCUUAUCUUCAACUUAGUAAUGUCUACUGCUUCUGCAACUCUAACUCUCCGGUCGGAAGAAGAAAAAACUCUGCAAGAAGAGCUAGCCUUACCAAUUCUACUAGCUGAUCGAGUCAUCAAAUCCGCCCAAGAAGCCGAAUCCUCAAAACAAGACUGCUCCGACAUAUCAAAACAAGUCGACCGUCUCUCUCAGCUUCUACGUUCUUCCGUCCGCCUCUACGCUUCCACACCCUCCCUCUACGACCGCCCUCUCCGCCGUAUCUCCUCCGACAUAACCAAGAACCUCGACCGCGCACUCACCCUCGUCCGAAAAUGUAAGCACACCGGCGUUCUUCGUCAGGUUUUCUCCAUCACUUCCGUUACUGAUUUUCGUAAAGUUUCGAACCUUCUUGAAUCUUCCAUUGCUGACAUGAAAUGGCUUCUGUCUAUCUUUGAGUGUACCGGUAGUGCUUCGCUUUCACUCCCUCCGAUUGCGAAUGACGACCCGAUUCUUGCUUGGGUUUGGAGUUACAUUUCAACUAUACAAAUGGGUCAGAUUAAAGAUCGGGUUGAUGCUGCUAACGGACUUGCUUCUUUAGCUAAUGAUAGUGAUCGAAACAGGAAACUGAUCGUUGAAGAAUUCGGGAUUUUGCCGUUGUUGAAAUUGCUUAAAGAUGGCUAUUCUUACUCUCCGAAUGCUCAAAUUGCUGCUGUGAAUGCUCUUUUUAGUAUUGCAACAAAUCAACAAAGAGUUCGUUUGAUUACGGAGUUUCUUGGAGUACCGAUAAUCGUCAAGGUUUUAGGCGAUUCUGUUACGAAAGUUCAGAUUAAGGUUGCGGAUUUGAUUGCCAGGAUGGUGGAAUUGGAUACGUAUGCGCAAGAAGAGUUCGUUACGCAGAAUGUAACUCGGCCAUUGGUAUUGUUAUUAUCUACUGAUUUAGAUUUAGAUUUGAAUAGCAGUAAUAGUAGUAGUAAUAAUCAGCCUGCUAAAACUAGCAUUCAUUCGCUUGUUCAGAUGAAAAAUGAGCUAGAUUACAAGAAAACUCGAAUGAAUCGGGUUACUUCGUUGAAUUGUUAUUUAGAUACUAGUAGUAGUAAAAAAAAUGCCCAGCACAAGAAAGACGGGGAAAUGGUAUCACCAGAGGUUGAGUUUAAGCUUAAGGUUAGUUGUGCAUUAGCAUUAUGGAAGCUGUCGAAAGGAAGUAUUUCGAACAGCAAGAAAAUUACGGAGACGAAAGGUUUACUUUGUCUAGCCAAGAUUAUAGAGAAAGAAACAGGGGAUCUUCAGUUGAACUGUUUAAUGACUGUAAUGGAGAUCACUGCCGUAGCGGAGACUAAUGCGGAUCUCCGACGUGCAGCUUUUAAGACGAAUUGGCCACCUGCUAUGGCGAUUUUAGAUCAGCUUUUGAGAGUGAUUCAAGAAGAAGUAAAUGAUCCAGUUUUGCAGAUUCCUGCUAUAAGGUCAAUUGGGUGCUUAGCUCGAACUUUUCCGGCUAAGGAGACGCGGAUUGUCAGUUCUUUAGUUGAUCAGCUUGGUAAUAGAAAUGUGGAAGUGGCAACUGAAUCAGCUAUAGCCUUGGGGAAAUUUGUGUGUCCGGAGAAUUUCAAUUGCGGUCAACAUUCGAAGGCGAUUAUAGAGUUUAAUGGGGUCCCUUGUUUGAUAAAACUGAUAAGAAACGGCGGCGAUCCUGCGAAAAUGCAGGGUUUGGUUCUGUUGUGUUAUCUGUCACUGAAUGUAGGUAAUAGUAAGGCUCUUGAAGAAGCAAGGGCUUUGAAUGUUCUUGAAGGCGCGGCUCGUCCUGUGAUAGCUCAGUAUCCUGAGUUGAGGGAGUUGUUUGCCUCGGCUAUUCAUCACCUUAUUCUUUAUCAGGCUGGAGCUCAUGCUCAUGGCCGCCCCUGCGUAUAGUAAUGGGACGUGUCGACUGUCACGCGCUAUAGAUAAAUAGCUCAUAAACUUUCUUCAUUUGGAGCGGCUAUGGCUAAACAACUAGCCCAAGUUAUUUGAAGGUGGUAUGUACUAUGUAGUAUACAAUACUUGGAAUGCAUAAUUUGAUAUGUGACUCGUACCGUUUGUUGGUAUUAUUGAUUGAUCAUCACCACUCAAUUAUGUUGUGCUAUUUCAUUUGUUAGUUUCCUAAGAUGUUUUUCUCAUUCAAAUAUAAUAAGAAUUUUCUUUAGCUUGUA